AUGGCUUACAUCAAAAGGCAAGGAGACAAAAGAUCUCUAUACAACAACCAGAUUACUAUAAUAAGGAACAACGCAUUUAAUGGUCUGGCGAACAUAAAGACUAUAGAUCUAGAGAGUAACAAUAUAAGUACAAUAGAGGCCAACGCGUUCAACGGUUUGACAAAGUUAGAGAGGUUGUAA